CGUUAUAACAAAAUCGUCACACGAAAUCUGAGUUCAGACGAGAACAGGUCGACGAAACAUAAGGACGGACAUUGUGACGAGUGUGGUUCGUAUUUAAAAGGAAAACGGAUAAUAUUGAACGUAUUUAGUUCGACUAACGUGUGCGUACAUCGAGAUGACUUCGUUAUUUAAGCGAACGCGACGAUAUAGAAUUCGAAGUACAUCUUCAAAACACGGCAGCGUCGAAAGCGUCGGCCGAAGUAGCAGUAAUUCGGAUGAUGGGAGACUACCGGGAAUGGACGAGUCCUCUAGCGAAGAAGACCCGAGGAUCAAUAAAUUUCUGUACAAUCUUCGAGAGGCGUACACAUGGAGGGAACGCUACGAUUCUCAAAGCGAAGAACUUCAGGAGUCUGUGACAGAAUUGCUUGAACAUUCGAUGCGCUUACAGACACAACUCGCGGUCGAAGGCCGAUACGAUCAGGCGGACAGGAUCGCGAAGGACAUAAACGAAAUGCAACAUUUUUGGGGGAAAGCUCUACUAGAACGGCUGAACUUGAGACAAUUUAAUCGAGAGGUUAUGGAGAUGUCGCCAUUACGGCUAACGGCAUCCCAAUACUUCGUGCCAGAGGUUGCAUUAAAAGACAAUAAAAAGCUGAAGAUUUUCUCGUUCACCGUUACAGAAUCUUCGACAGGCAACAUGGGAUUCAAGUAUUACUUGGUGUACAACAGACACGAAUCGAACUGUUACAUCUUAGAACUUAUGACAAGUAAAGGGAUUUACCCUGUUAGUCUUUACGGUGUAAUCUGCCCAAGCUAUUGGUCGGUACGAGAAGAUGUACUAUACGAUAUAUCCCGCAGAACUGGUGGAUAUUUAGGGGGAAAUCUAAUUGCGAAGUUACCAACUAGAGUCUAGACUCUGCUAGCGAAACUAUCGCGAGGUGAUACUGUAUAAUGAAUGUAUAUAUUGUGUGUAUAUAUGUAAAUAUUAAAGAAAAAGAACGCAAAUAUAUUUAUGUUUUACAAAGUCAGCUGGUUUCGUUUUUGCGAUCGCAAACACAUGUUUUUCGUGUAGACAAGUUUUAUUAGGUUCAAUAAAACAGCGCAUUGGUCUGACCCGACCAUGAAAUGUAACAGACGUUAUAUUAACC